AUGUCUAUCCAGAGCACAGACGAGAAAGCCCUGCCGGCCACGCUGUUCAACAGCAAGGGCGAAUUGCAAAGACCGGCUGCUCAGUUCCGCAACUGGAUUUCAAGUGAACCGGGCGCGAGGUUCCCUCCUGAAAAGGACAGAUACCAUCUCUACGUCUCAUAUGCUUGUCCAUGGGCUCACAGGACCUUGAUCGUUCGACGACUCAAGGGCCUGGAGUCGAUUAUUUCCGUCACAUCGGUCCACUACCACAUGUCCUCUGUUAACAGCUGGCGCUUCGUUGAGCCUGGCGAGUCGUUGCCGAUGGAGGACGUGACUCCAGACCCUUUGCACCCGGAAUUUAAGCGCGUGAAGGAGCUCUAUUACAAGGCUGAACCAAACUACGGAGGCCGGUUCACGGUUCCUGUGCUGUGGGACAAGAAGACGGAGUCGAUCGUGAGCAAUGAAAGCAGCGAGAUUAUCCGCAUGUUGUACACCGAGUUCGACCAACUUUUGCCCGAGGAGAGGAGAAAGGUCGACCUCUAUCCUCGAGAGUUGAGGGCGAAGAUCGACGAAGUCAAUGGAUGGACUUAUGACAAUAUCAACAACGGUGUCUACAAAUGCGGCCUCACGCAGACCCAAACCGCAUAUCACGACGCCGUGACCGCUCUCUUCGCCGCACUGGACCGAGCUGAGCAGGACCUCUCCUCCGCCUCCCGCGACGGACCCUACUACUUCGGCGCGUCCCUCACAGAAGCCGACAUCCGCCUCUACGUGACCAUCAUCCGCUUCGACCCCGUCUACGUGUCCCUGUUCAAGACGAACCGCGCCAUGAUCCGCACCCACUACCCACACCUCCACCGCUGGGUGAGGCACCUGUACUGGGAAGUCGAGGCCUUUAAAAGCACCACCAGCUUCGAGCAUAUCAAGGGCCACUACUUUAUGAGUCUCGUCAUGUUGAACCCGAGCGGCAUUGUCCCUGAGGGGCCGGUACCCGAUAUUUUGGGGCUGGAUGAGGAGGAGGAGAAGAAAUGA